AUGCUCACGAUUGAGCGGAAUGACACCUUCGGUCUUAUUUUAAUGAGAGAACAGUGUGACUUGAAUCGAGGCUUGCUCUCGCCAACACCUUGCUCUAUUCAUCACAGCUAUCGCAAACGAUUCGCGUGUCAGAGCAUUCAAGGAUGA